UUCUCUCAGCUUGUUCUCUUGGUUUGUUCCGAUUCCCAGAUCAAAACCCAUCUUUUUUUUACUUGAUUUGUUCUGAUUCUCGCAUCAAAAUCCCACCUUUUUUGCUCUGUUUUGGCUGGAUUUCCGCGAGGAAAACAGCUUCAGAAACUGAGACAUGGGUUUUUCGAAGAAGUCCCAGGUCGCGGACGGAGGCAUGGAAUCCGAAGGGAAGAAGUGGGUAAUCGCCGGAAUCUCAGUCCGGACUUGCUUAAAGCCAGUGAACACGAAACCGGCGAGGGGGAAAGAGAGCGACGACGGAGAAGAAGAGGAGGCGUAUUCGACAACCCCAACAACGAAAGAAACAAGAAUACCGGAGAUAUUUUCGUGCCCGCCGGCGCCGAGAAAGAGCCGGCCUCCUUCCAGAUGCAACUUCAAUGGCGUGAAGGAGUUUUUUACUCCGCCGGAUUUGGAAACGGUGUUCAAGCUCCAUGUUGAGAAAGCAAACUGAGUUCAAUAUUUAGGCUGCCAAGAGCAAAGAAUUAGAGCAGAGAUUAGGAGUUUUUGCUGUGGUUUUACUUUUAUUUAUUUGUCUUAGUGAAUAGUGGGCUGUUGGUCUGUCUCUCUAAAUCCUGGCGCCGCUCAGCAGAGCAAAAGCACCUGUGUUGUACAAAGAUGAAAUCUUUUAUGUAAUGGUUAUUUUCCAGAUUAGUUUUUAGGUCAAGUUUUUAUUCCCA